AUGGAGAACCGCGGACCGACACUGCUGAUCCUGAACGCCGUGUUCAUGGGCCUCAUGCUCCUGACCAUGAUCCUGCGCAUGUGGGUGCGGCUGGGAAUCGUCAAGUCGUGGGGUUGGGACGACUCGCUCAUGGCGGCUGCGGUGCUCUUCUACGGGAUUUAUCUAUCCUUCUCCAUACAUGGAGUCAUGUACGGCACAGGGCGGCACUUCAAAGACGUCCCGCUUGAGGACUACGAAAUCGCCAUGAAGUCCUGGUGGAUCUGCUAUCCUUUCUACAGCUCCGUCAUGAUCGCCUCGAAGCUCUCGAUCGGGUACUUUCUGCUGCGCGUCACGGUGCGCCGGCUGCACCUCUGGCUCUUGUACAUCACAAUGGCCGUUACGCUCUGCGCCGGGCUUGCCUUCUUCGUCGGCAGCUUCCUGCAGUGCCGGCCCAUCUCGUACUGGUGGACACGAUACGGCGACCCGGCCGGCGGCUUCUGCAUCGACCCGACCAUCAUCAUUGUCCUGGCAUACAUGUACAGCGUGUUCGCCAUCACGUCGGACCUCAUGAUGGCGCUGUUCCCAGCGCUGCUCAUCUCGGCGCUAAAUAUGAACCGGCAGCUCAAGAUCUUGCUAAUCCCGCUCAUGGCGAUGGGAACCAUUGCAAGCCUGGGUCUAGUCGUCAGGCUUCCCUGGCUACUCAAGCUCCGGGACACCGAGGAUUUCCUAUGGUCCACCAUCGACAUCGCGAUAUGGUCAACGGUGGAGGGCGGCCUGGCCAUCGUCGCCGGCAACCUCGCCACCCUACGCCCAUUGUACCGCUACCUCAUGCAGGAGUUCGGCUUCACUCGGGGCUCGGCCCAGUCUGGCCCUCUCGACGGUUCGGGCGGAUCCGCGGGCCAAGCGGCGUACAAGGCCCGGUCCACAACCGACAGCAAGAAGUCGCGCAGCAAUCAUCGUCGCGGCGGCGGUACGCAUGGCAGCAACGGCAGCUUCAGCCUCGGCAUUGCGACCGUGUUUGGCGGCACGGCAGGCGUGUACCCGCUGUCUGAUAUCGAUGACGGGGAGUACGGCGGCACUGGCCGGGGAAGCGACGACGAUCAGAAGAACAACAACAAGAAUAACGAGGACGGCAGAAGGAGCAAAGGUACCAACCAAGGCAAGGGGUUCCCGAAUAAUAGCGGCCAUGUCGGCGCGCAGUACGAGCGGAGCGACAGCUUCAGCAGGGCCAACAAUAACAACCAUAACACCACGAUGGCAAAGGAAGGCAUCACGGCGAGAACCUCGAUCUUCACGACGUCAUCUCCGGCAAACGCACCCCUCUCCGGCGGAGGCGUCUACGGCCAAGACGACCAUGAUGGUAUCUACCACGACGGCGGCAGACCGUACGGACUGCGCACGCAAAUCGUUGCAGAGAACAGCGCCAGCGGCCGGGGGAAGACCCGGACGUCGUCUUCCGAUGAUGAUCCGAACGCCCGCAGUAACAAAACCACACACCACCACCACAGGCUGCCGUCGAGUGACAGCCAGGAGGCGCUGUACCCACAUACUUUGACGACGAGGCAACAAGGUAGUGGUGCUGAUGGGGUGCAAACAGCACGCGGCACGCGGAAUACCGCUGGGGAUCGAAGAUAUUAG